GCUUAUUGUAAAAGAAACAAAAGCAAGCACAGAUGAAAUGAAACUUUUCCAAUCUGUUUCCAACCACACCCAUGUUCUGAUUUCCUUGUUUGUUUAUUCCCGAAGAGCCCAUUUUGGGUGACAUCUCUGAUUUUUUAGUGUUUGUCCUCUGGAUUCCUUAUCACAACAUAGCAAAGUUGUUGUCUUUUUUGUCAUUCAUAGUGCAUUGCACUCCUUGCUUUGGCCCGUGCUCCUUCAGCUUCAGAUCUGUGAAUUGCUGUUUGUGUUUGUUGGAGAUUGGUUCUGUUCAGAAAAAGCUGGAGGUGGGUUUUCCUUUUCAACUCUUUCUAGUGUGGAAAAAGGACACUUAUAUGCCCCAGAAGAUUGCUUUACCUAGUUUGCUCUAAAGGCUUCAACUUUCAUCAAUUUGGUUUCCUUGUUCAAGAUCUUGGAUAAUACGAGGUUGUUUCUGUGAUUGGGCAGUGUUGCCUUUCUGGGUCAAUAUUGUUUUCUUUCCCUUUGUUUGAUUUGUUUUGUUUUUGCUCCCCCUUUCCAAAUUUUGCUUCUUUUUGUUGAAAGAUAUCUCAAAGGUCUUGUUUGGGGGAACUGUUAUAAUGGGGAGUUUCCUUGGGGAGGGACUCUUAGUUGUUCUGAUUCUGGUGACAGUGAGCACUGUAGAGGCUCAACCAAAGUCUAUUCUCUUGAAUUGUGGUUCAAAUUCUUCUGUGAAUGUGGAUGGUAGGAAAUGGGUGGGGGACAUGGCCACUGAUAACAAUGUUACACUAAGCUCCUCCCCUGGUGUUGUUGCUUCCACAUCUACAUUGAGUGGCAAUUCAAUCUAUGAUCCUCUCUAUAAAACAGCCAGAAUUUUCAGUUCUCCUUUGAAUUACACAAUCAAAGGUGUUCAGGGAAACUACUUUGUUAGGUUCCAUUUCUUCCCCUUUGUGACUGAGGACUACAAUGUGAAUGAGUCCUCAUUUGGUGUUGUGGUCAAUGGUCUGAAGCUGUUGUCUGAGUUUGAUGUUCCUGGUAAGAUAUCCCACAAGAACAUGAACUUGCAGAAUUCCGGAAAGAAUGCUAGUUCAUUCUUCUUGGUCAAAGAGUACAUUCUGGCUGUGAAUGGUGAUAUGCUUCUGAUUGAGUUUGCUCCAACCAGAAGCUCCUUUGGCUUCAUCAAUGCCAUUGAGAUUGUCCCAGUUAAGGGUGAGCUUUUUGUUGACUCGGUUAGUAGAGUUGGUGGAAGUGGUGGAAGCUUGAAUUUGAGUGGACGUGCAGUGGAGACUAUGUAUAGGUUGAAUGUUGGUGGUCCUGAGAUUCAAUCCAGUCAGGAUCAUGAUCUUUGGAGGACAUGGGAAAUGGACUCUAGCUACAUGAUCACAGAAAAUGCAGGGUCUGGAAUUAAGAACAGUUCCAACAUUACAUAUGCUUCAACAAAUGACACUUCAGUGGCUCCUCUCCUUGUGUAUGAAACCGCAAGGGCAAUGUCCAACACUGAAGUCUUGGACAAAAGGUUCAACAUGUCAUGGAAAUUUGAAGUGGAUCCUGACUUUGAUUACUUGAUCCGUUUGCAUUUCUGUGAGCUGGUUUAUGACAAGGCCAAUGAGAGGAUAUUCAGGAUUUACAUAAACAACAGAACAGCCGCAAAUAAUGUUGACAUUUUUGUGCGUGCUGGAGGGAUGAAUAAAGCAUAUCACCAAGACUAUUUUGAUCCUGUGUCAUCAAGGAUCGACACGGUUUGGGUUCAACUCGGUCCCGACACAGCUGGUGGGGCUGCAGGAACGGAUGCUCUCUUGAAUGGUCUAGAGAUCUUUAAGCUCAGCAGAAAUGGGAAUCUUGCCUAUGUGGAGAGGUAUGACUUGGGAGAAAAUUCAGGAAGCAAAUCAAAAGUAAGAGCUGUUUGGGUUGGAAUUGGAGCAGGUGCAGCUUCUGUGGCUGUAGUUACACUGAUAGUUGCUCUUGUUUUCUGUUUCUGCAAAAGAAGGAGCAAAGAAUCAAGUGAUGCCAAGAACAACCCUCAGGGUUGGAGACCAUUGUUCCUCUAUGGGGGUGUGAACAGCACUUUGGGGGGCAAGGGGUCUGCAGGAACUCAAAAGCUUUAUGGAUCUGUGGCCUCAACCAGAGCUGGCAAGAGGUUUACAUUAGCAGAAAUCAAUGCUGCAACUAACAACUUUGAUGAGAGUUUGGUGAUUGGAGUUGGUGGCUUUGGUAAGGUGUACAAAGGGGAGGUUGAUGAUGGUGUUCCGGCUGCAAUUAAGCGUGCUAACCCUCAAUCUGAGCAAGGCCUAGCUGAAUUUGAGACAGAAAUUGAGAUGCUGUCCAAACUUAGACACAGGCAUCUGGUGUCCUUAAUUGGCUUCUGUGAAGAGAAGAAUGAAAUGAUCUUGGUUUAUGAGUACAUGGCAAAUGGAACUCUUAGAAGCCACCUAUUUGGUAGUGAUCUUCCUCCAUUGUCUUGGAAGCAACGCCUAGAAGUGUGCAUUGGUGCUGCAAGGGGACUUCACUACCUUCACACAGGCGCCGAACGUGGAAUCAUUCAUAGGGAUGUCAAGACAACCAACAUACUCUUGGAUGAGAACUUUGUAGCCAAAAUGGCUGAUUUUGGCUUGUCAAAAGAUGGUCCAGCUUUUGAGCACACUCAUGUUAGCACAGCUGUGAAAGGAAGUUUUGGCUAUCUAGACCCUGAGUACUUCAGAAGGCAGCAAUUGACUGAGAAAUCAGAUGUUUACUCCUUUGGAGUUGUGUUGUUUGAAGCUGUGUGUGCUAGAGCUGUCAUAAACCCUACCUUGCCUAAGGAUCAGAUCAACCUUGCAGAAUGGGCCAUGAGAUGGCAAAGACAAAGAUCACUUGAAACAAUUAUUGACCCUCGUCUUAGAGGAAACUAUUGUCCUGAAUCUUUGGCUAAGUUUGGAGAGAUAGCAGAAAAAUGUCUUGCUGAUGAUGGAAAGAGCAGGCCCACCAUGGGGGAGGUUUUGUGGCACUUGGAGUAUGUCUUGCAACUACAUGAAGCAUGGCUCAAAAUGGACACCACAGAAACUUCAAAAGAUGGAGGAGUAGAAAUGGUGCAUGAGCCUUCAAGUCAAGAUGAAGAAGUUGAUAUUGAUCACAAACACACAGGUGAAUCUGAUUGAGUCCACAACAAGAGAAUGAGUCAAGGAAAUGAAUGAUGCAAUUUGAGUUCAGUGAUUUCUGAAUGCUAGUGUGUCACAACAUUGAAGAACCAUGAAUGAAUGAAUGACCUUAUAGCUAAUAUAUGCUUUACAUAUUCUUUCUAUUUGUUUUAUAGAAUUCAACUAUUCAAGUUUAUUGUUAUUAUUUCUCAUCUGAUUUUUGUAUACAUGGUAGUGCAACGGGCAAGUGAUUUUCAACAUUUUGUCUAAAACAAUUGUCAAAAUUUGUGAUAUGCUCUGCUUUUGUAUUGAGUAUGCAAUUAUAUUGUAUUCAUCUUGCUUCUUGAAAGUUUGAUAGAAUGUUAUCACUGGUCAA